AUGCCCAAGAGCUCAACAAAACGCAAACAUGAGGAAUACUUCGAAGCUGAGCGCAUCGCCGAUGAGAAGAAAAUCGGAUCUGAACUUUUUUACCUAGUUAAAUGGAAAGGUGUAGACGUCUCAGGACAGCCAUGGGAACCGACGUGGGAGCCUGCAAAGCAUUGCACAAAAUUACUAGUCACAGACUGGGAGCGCUACAAGAAAAGAAAGCCUCUAGCAAACGGUCGAAUUUCGGAAUCGACGCGGGCAAGUCGUGCAUCACAACCGCCACCGUCCCUUGUACAGGCGCCAACUGACGGAAUGCAGCAGGUAGCUGACGUCGACAAUAGCAAGACACCUAAACGGGGGAAAAAAUUCUCACAUAAUACAUUGGCUUAUCCUAGCGAACAGGAAGUGCGGCCCGCGGGCAGGCGCUUACGGCCACUAGGCAUGCGUAGUGUUUCAUCUAAUUCUCGUGAAUAUCCGGCAAGUCCACUUCCGGAUGACACAUCCCAGCAGAAUAACACAUCCCAGAAGAAUGACACAGAUACAUCUUCUUGUGGCGAUUAUGAUGAAGAAGUACUGUGUGACUCAAAUACCAUCGCGCAACUUUUCCCUGGGAGUAGCACAGAAAAGGUGGGCGAACUUGGGCCGGAUGACGAAACACCUGAGACGGUGGUUGACGAACCCUCAGGCUCAACCGCGGAUGAGCUUGACGAGACAAUAAAUCCAGUCCCUUUGGAUGAUACGAGCGAAGAAAUUCGAUUGUUGAAGUCGAAUAUACAAGAGCUUCAAGAUUUACUCAAGAAGAAAGACGAUGUGUUUGAAAAAGCCGAAAGUAGCAUACGGGAAUUAACAAGGAAACUAAAGCGAGCGGAGCUUGACGUGCAAGAAUUACGAUUCGAAAAGUAUUUCCUUCAAGAUGAAGUUGAUUUACUGAAGCAAACUACGCAACUGCUGCAGGAUCAGAAUCGUGCCUUUGAUGAUGUACGUCGAUAUUUGUGGGCGUGUCAAGCGAGUAAGUCUCGUAAAACAGAUACAGAGGAAUCAGAUGCAAACUUUUCAACAUCUUUACAAUCACAACCGAAUGGAAAUGUCGACAACGCGUUUGUUGAGGCAUUUAUGUGUGAAUGGGAAAAUUGUGGAAAGGUUUACGAGUCCAAACGUGAGCUUAAAGCACAUCUUUUCGCUGACCAUCUUUAUGUGGGAGUUGUCUUCAUUGAUAGACCUCCUGUAUUGAACUAA